UGACGGGCUUAGGCGGUCGCAGUGCCAGUCUGGCAGUACAUCUCUCAGAGACCGGGAGUAAACGCGCGUAAAUUUCUGCGGCGAGGUUGCAAUCGGAGCGCGGAAGAAUGGACGCUGGCAAGCCGAUGUACGGGCUCUGUAUCGGGGAACAGUACCGCCUGAACUAAAGGAAUGCUCCGUGUGGUCGGCGUACUUCUGUAAAGGACUAUUCGACACAAGUCAUUUGCUUGUGAGAUGAUCGCGGGGACCCGGCUGCAGUAGGAGCGUGUGGCAGUAGGAGCCGAUCACGCGUAAAGACACCUUGCAUUGACUCGCUGGGCUCAUCAGAGCCCUAUGAAUGAAACGGCUUAUUGCAUCCCUAUUCUCCACACGUUUCCGGAGGAAUACCCUGCAGCCGAAACACCAAAUCGCCUGUCUGUUGGACUAUCUAGCUGUGGCACCGGAACAUUUUGGUGUGGAUAAAUACACGUAUAUGUGCGUGCAUUUAUGUUCCUAAAAAGGAUCUGAUAGGGAGAAACCAAAGUUGCCUCAUCGGAGCAAGAGACAAAACGCAGCCCCCUUAUCGAUACCAUAAGAAACAUGUGAAGAUUUUGGACGGGGUACAAACAACGAAUUGAGUCUUUGACAAACACACUGGGGGGGGUGUCUCAUCUUCCCACUACUUCCCGAAACACUUUGUUUUGUCUGCUUGUCCCUGGGUGGGCUACACACAAAGCAUGGGCAACCAGCUGGAUCCUCGAAGGACUUUGUCACUUCGCCCGAGAUGCAGCCUGGCCCGGCCCCUGUGCUGGUGGCUAUUGUUCCACGCAAUCCUCCUUCCUGAGUUGGGCUGUGGCCAGCCCUUCACCAGCUUCCACCCGGAACGCCGGGAAUGGGCCUUCAACCACCUGACUGUCCACCGUAAGACAGGGGCUCUCUAUAUUGGUGCCGUCAACCGGGUCUACAAGCUCACGGGCAACCUUACACUACUGGUGUCCCACGACACAGGCCCCGAGGACGACAACAAGGCCUGCUACCCUCCACUGAUAGUGCAGCCCUGUUCAGAGCCACUUGCAUCCACCGACAAUGUCAACAAGCUGCUGCUCAUCGACUACUCUCAGAACCGACUACUGGCAUGCGGAAGCCUCUACCAGGGCGUGUGCAAGCUGCUGCGACUCGAUGACCUCUUCAUCUUGGUGGAGCCCUCUCACAAGAAGGAGCACUACCUCUCCAGUGUGAACCAGACUGGCACCAUGUACGGGGUGAUUGUCCCCUCCCAGGGCCAGGAUGGCACGCUCUUCAUCGGCACGGCCGUAGGCGGGAAGCAGGACUACUUCCCUACCAUCUCCAGCCGCAAGCUGCCCAGGGAUCCUGAGUCAUCAGCCAUGCUGGACUACGAACUGCAUACCGAUUUUGUGUCUUCUCUGGUCAAGAUCCCGUCGGACACAUUAGCGCUGGUGUCACACUUUGACAUCUACUACAUCUACGGCUUUGCUAGUGGCGCCUUUGUCUACUUCCUGACGGUGCAGCCGGAGACCCCAGAGAACAACAUGCCGUCCGGGAGCACUCCCGGUGACCUCUUCUACACCUCGCGCAUCGUGCGCCUCUGCAAGGACGACCACAAAUUCCACUCCUAUGUUUCGCUGCCAAUCGGCUGUGUGCGCAAUGGCAUCGAGUACCGACUCCUGCAGGCCGCCUACCUGGCCAAGCCUGGGCGGGUGCUGGCCGCCUCUCUCAACAUCAGUCCCCAGGACGACGUGCUCUUCGCCAUCUUCUCGAAGGGACAGAAGCAGUACCACCGGCCGCCAGACGACUCAGCCCUCUGUGUGUUUACCAUCCGCGACAUCAACGCUCGCAUCAAGGAUCGCCUCCAGUCCUGCUACCAGGGUGAGGGCAACCUGGAGCUCAAUUGGCUGCUGGGGAAGGACGUCCAGUGUACCAAAGCGCCCGUGCCCAUCGACGACUCCUUCUGCGGCCUGGACAUUAACCAGCCCCUGGGCGGCUCACAGCUGGUGACGGGGCACACGCUGUACACGGAGACCCGGGACCACAUGACCGCCGUGACCGCCUACGUCUACAAUGGCUACUGCGUGGCCUUCGUGGGCACCAAGAGCGGCCGGCUUAAGAAGAUCCGGGUGGACGGCCCCCCACACGGCGGGGUCCAGUACGAGACGGUGCUGGUCAUGCAGGAUGGGAGCGCCAUCCUCCGCGACAUGGCCUUCUCCCUGGAUGGCAGCUUCCUCUACGUCAUGUCUGACAGACAGGUGAGCAGGGUCCCCAUUGAAGCAUGUCAGCAGUACGGCACCUGCACCGAGUGCCUGAGCUCCGGCGACCCCCACUGCGGCUGGUGUGUCCUGCACAACACGUGCCUCCGGAAGGACCGCUGCGAGCGUGCAAAUGAGCCUUUCCGCUUUGCGGCGGUGCUCAGCCAGUGCGUGAAGGUGACGGUCUACCCCGACAGCAUCGCCGUGUCCGAGCCCAGCGUGUCGCUUGUCCUCAAGGUGAGCGAUGUGCCCGACCUCUCUGCCGGCGUCACCUGCUCCUUCGGCAACCUCACCGAAGUCGAUGGCGUCGUCAGCGGCAACCAAAUCCUGUGUGUGUCUCCUUCCUCCAAAGACAUCCCACUCAUCCCGACCGACCAAGACUGGUCCGGCGUGGAACUCAGACUGAACUCCAAGGAGACGGGCCAGAUGCUGACCAGCACCGAGAUCAAGUUCUACAACUGCAGCGUGCACCAGCUCUGCCUUUCCUGCGUGAAUAGCGCCUUCCGCUGUCACUGGUGCAAGUACCGCAACCUGUGCACCCACGACCCGACCAGCUGCUCUUUCCAGGAGGGUCGCGUCAAUGCCUCCGAGGACUGUCCUCAGCUGGUGCGGUCGGAGGAGAUCCUGAUCCCGGCGGGCGAGGUGAAGCCCAUCACUCUGAAGGCGCGGAACCUUCCCCAGCCGCAGUCAGGCCAGCGUGGCUACGAGUGCGUGCUGCACAUCCAGGGGGUCAGCCACCGUGUCACGGCCCUGCGCUUCAACAGCUCCAGCGUGCAGUGCCAGAACAGCUCCGUACGUUCCCGCCGAAGGCCUGACCAUCCACCUGUCUGUCUGUCCAUCAUCAAUCCAUCAUCCAUCCAAGUUCACCUGUACAAGUGCGCGGCACAGCGGGACAGCUGCGGAAUGUGUCUGAAAGCAGAGCGCAAAUUUCAAUGCGGCUGGUGCAGCAGCGAGGCCCACUGCACCCUGAGGCACCACUGCCUCAGCCCCGCUUACGCCGGCCGCUGGCUCGACCUGUCCAGCCGCAACGUCAAGUGCACCAACCCGCGCAUCACCGAGGUGACUCCAAUCGCAGGGCCCCCCGCCGGGGGCACACGCGUCACCAUCCACGGCACCAACCUGGGCCUGGCGUUCCCUGAGCUUCUGGGGAACGUGGACGUGGCGGGGGUCCAGUGCACCCCCCUGGAGGACGGCUACAUCAUCGCCGAGCAGAUCGUGUGUGAGAUGGACGCUGCGGGCCCCAACAGCACCCCCGGUCCCGUGCAGCUCUGCGUCGGGGAGUGCAAGCCGGAGCUCCGGACCCGCUCCUCCCAGCUAUACUCUUUCGUGAUGCCAUCUGUGGUGGGCCUGUCCCCCAGCCGAGGGCCUGAGUCGGGCGGCACCAAGGUCACCAUCCUGGGGGAGAACCUGGGAGCCGGGAGCAGCGUAUCUGUGCUGUUCGGAAACCAGACGUGUGAAUUCUACGGGCGCACCAUGACGGAGAUCGUGUGCUACUCCGCCCCCUCGCUGACGGGCGUGGGCCCCGUGCAGAUCAGCGUGAGCGUGGACCGCGCCCACAUCAGGGAGAGCCUGACGUUCGAGUACAUCGACGACCCCACCGUGCAGCGCGUCGAGCCUGAGUGGAGCAUCGCCAGUGGACACACCCCCCUGACUGUGACGGGAACCAACCUGGAUGUGGUGCAGGAGCCGCGGAUCAGGGUCAAGUACGGCGGCCGCGAGUCCGUCAACGUGUGCAAGGUACUGAAUGCCACCAGCAUGAGUUGUUGGGCACCCUCGCUGGUGGCUGAGUCCCCACCCGGACUGGACACCGUGCGGCACGCAGACGAGUUCGGCUUCAUCUUCAACAACGUGCAGGCGCUGCUCGUGUACAACAACACCAACUUCCUGUAUUACUCCAACCCGUACUUUGAACCGCUCAGUGCGUCCGGCGCGCUGGAGCAGAAGUCCGGCUCCCCCAUCAUCCUCAAGGGAAAAAACCUGGUGCCCCCAGCCUCAGGUGGGGUCAAGCUGAACUACACGGUGCUGAUCGGCGAGACGCCCUGUUCCAUCACCGUGUCCGAGACGCAGCUGCUCUGUGAGCUACCAAACCUCACUGGGCAGCACAAAGUCCUGGUCCAGGUGGGUGGCCUGCACGUCUCCCCCGGCUCCGUGAACAUCCUGUCGGACAGCCUGCUCACCAUGUCCGCCAUCGCCAGUAUCGCGGCCGGCGGCGGCCUCCUGCUGAUCAUCGUCAUCCUCGUCCUCAUCGCCUACAAGCGCAAGUCCCGUGAGAACGACCUCACCCUCAAGCGACUGCAGAUGCAGAUGGACAACCUGGAGUCCCGCGUGGCCCUCGAAUGCAAGGAAGCGUUCGCCGAGCUACAGACGGACAUCAACGAGCUGACCAGCGACCUGGACCGCGCCGGCAUCCCCUACCUCGACUACCGCACCUACGCCAUGCGGGUGCUGUUCCCCGGGAUCGAGGACCACCCAGUGCUGCGUGAGCUGGAGGUGUCCGGGAACGGGCAGCAGAGUGUGGAGAAGGCCCUCAAGCUGUUUGCCCAGCUCAUCAAUAACAAGGUGUUCCUGCUGACGUUCAUCCGCACGCUGGAGCUGCAGCGCUCCUUCUCCAUGCGCGACCGCGGCAACGUGGCCUCGCUGAUCAUGACGGCCCUGCAGGGCAGGCUGGAGUACGCCACCGACGUGCUUAAGCAGCUGCUCUCCGACCUCAUCGAGAAGAACCUGGAGAGCAAGAACCAUCCCAAGCUUCUGCUGCGAAGGACAGAGUCCGUGGCUGAGAAGAUGCUCACCAACUGGUUCGCCUUCCUGCUGCACAAGUUCCUCAAGGAGUGCGCCGGGGAGCCUCUCUUCAUGCUAUACUGCGCCAUCAAGCAGCAGAUGGAGAAAGGUCCCAUCGACGCCAUCACCGGCGAGGCUCGUUACUCCCUGAGCGAGGACAAGCUCAUCCGGCAGCAGAUUGAGUACAAGACCCUGAUCCUGAACUGUGUCAACCCCGAGAACGAGAACAGCCCCGAGAUCCCAGUCAAGGUGCUCAACUGCGACACCAUCACUCAGGUGAAGGAGAAGAUCUUGGAUGCCGUCUACAAGAACAUGCCUUACUCGCAGCGGCCGCGAGCCGUCGACAUGGACCUGGAGUGGCGCCAGGGCCGGCUGGCACGGGUGGUGCUCCAAGACGAAGACAUCACUACCAAGAUAGAGAACGACUGGAAGAGACUCAACACCCUCCUGCACUACCAGGUAUCUGACCGCUGCGUGGUGGCACUGGUACCCAAGCAGACGUCGUCCUACAACAUCCCACCGACGGCCAGCAUCUCCCGCACCUCCAUCAGCAGAUACGACUCUUCAUUCCGCUAUACGGGAAGCCCAGACAGUCUGCGCUCCCGAGCCCCCAUGAUCACGCCGGACCUGGAGAGCGGCGUCAAGGUCUGGCACCUGGUGAAGAACCACGAGCACGGCGACCAGAAAGAGGGCGACCGCGGCAGCAAGAUGGUGUCCGAGAUCUACCUGACCCGCCUGCUGGCCACAAAGGGCACGCUGCAGAAGUUUGUGGAUGACCUGUUCGAGACGCUCUUCAGCACGGUGCACCGAGGCAGUGCCCUGCCUCUCGCCAUCAAGUACAUGUUCGACUUCCUAGAUGAGCAGGCAGACCGUCAUGGCAUCCACGACACUGAUGUCCGCCACACCUGGAAGAGCAACUGCCUCCCACUACGCUUCUGGGUCAAUGUGAUCAAGAACCCACAGUUUGUCUUCGACAUCCACAAGAGCAGCAUCACGGACGCCUGCCUCUCCGUGGUGGCCCAGACUUUCAUGGACUCCUGCUCCACCUCCGAGCAUCGACUGGGCAAGGACUCCCCCUCCAACAAGCUGCUCUAUGCCAAGGACAUCCCCAACUACAAGAGCUGGGUGGAGAGGUACUAUGCCGACAUCAACCGGCUGCCUGCCAUCAGCGACCAGGACAUGAACGCCUACCUGGCGGAGCAGGCCCGCCUGCACUGCUCCGAGUUCAACAUGCUGAGCGCCCUGAACGAGAUCUACUCCUACGUCAGCAAAUACAGCCAGGAGAUCACGGCAGCACUGGAGCAGGACGAGCACGCCCGGAAGCAGCGGCUGGCCUACAAGGUGGAGCAGCUCAUCGGCGCCAUGUCCCUGGAGAGCUGAGGGAGGGAGGGCACCAGCAGACCCCCCGAUAAAAGGACUGGACCGCACCAUCAGCCGCAACCCGCUCGAGUCCCAGCUCCCAUUACGGCCAGGGAGUAUCACUGACAAUGGGCUUUAAUUUCCGUAAAAAUUACGAUAAGUUUCCAUUUAAAGGCUAUCUCAGCCAGGCUGUGGGGAGCUUGCUGUUUGGGGCAUUUAGGCUAUAAACAGUAUCAAGAUGAAGGGAUGGAUUUAAAAAAAAUAGAACGGACACAUCAGGAAGCAACUUUGAGGAGGAGAAGCGAGCUGCGGGUGAAGCCAACAUGGCUGCCAUCAGACAGCCACGUCGGCAGGUGAGAGGAGAGGCUCUCUGCCCCCACACCGCCCGCCUCACUCCCGAGCUGCAGAUAUCCCGGGUACUUCCGGAUUUUAUUUUUAUAUGUGUACAUUUUGUUUCUUCGAACUGACUGACGCGGACAGAUGCUGCUCUGUGACUUUGUGCGCGUGGUCCAGUCUAAGGGCGUCACUGGGAGAGAAAAUAGGCGUUCCCUUUCGCUUGGCACCUUCCCACACGUCGGAUGAGCAGGCGUGAUUUCCCAACAGGAGGACCACUGAUGACUGCAUCAAGGGGCAAGUAAAGAAAGUCCCACUGAAAGCUGAUUGGCUCCUAUCGAGCACCGUGUCAUGGCUCCGGCUAAUGGCUGCGGUUACGAACGAGAACAACAACCACCGACUUCUUGCUUAUCACAAAGCGUCUCCAAAAAGACUCCCCUCGACUGAAACGAAGCCAUCCCGUCAGUGGGUGUACGUUCCAACUUCACCUUAUAUGUGAAUGUACAAAUGUGGACACUUUCCUGUUUCCUCGUGUGUAAACAAACGGCUGUUGCUCUUUCUGUCACAGAAGGAGCGAGAUAAAAUCUAGUCAGUGGCAUGAAGUCACACACUUUAUCAGCAAGCUGCUUCCAUCCAUACCUGGACCGUGUAUGAUAUUUUAUUUUUGCCAAAACACUCUGAUUUUGGGCAGAGUUCUUUUAUUUAAUAAUAAUAAUAAUUAGGUUGAAUUUGACCACCUAUUUGAACAUUUUAACAUUCCCUGAAGACUGGUGGCGUCCCCCACAGUCCCAUGCGGGUGAGAGGUGGGAUUCCCCGGCCACAGACUGUAAUCCUACCAAGAUCUUCCUGUUUAUUUUUUCCACGCUAAUGCUGUUGUUGGUCUCUCCACCUACUUCCCAUUUCAGUAGUGCCAAAGGCAUCCCGAUUCCCCGCCGGUGGCCCAGUCCACCACAGGGCCAGGCUCACGUCACAGUGAGGAUCUCAGCCUCUCCAACGGUCCAACAAAGUGCCAAACGAUGGUGUCUCUGUGUCAGUUAAUGCUUUACGUAGGAGUUGAGUUCUUCUGCGCUAGGUGGGUGUACACGGCCAGGGAGGGGCCGCAAGCCCUCUGUCUCGUUUACCAUGCCGCAGCGCCAGGAAGAACUCAUUAGAUUGUCUGUAAAAUAUUUUUUUUGUAGUCUUGGGUUUUUCAAUUUGAUGGAAAAUAUCCUGACUGCAAGCAUGGCUCAUAGAGGUGAUUGAUGUCAAGGGUGAUGCAUGGUAACCGGAGUGAGUUUUUUUUUUUUAAUAAUAGUAAUAAUAAUAAUAAUGAUAAUAAUAUUCCUACCCAGAGAAAAAUGGCUUUCAAGGGGCCAAGGGAAGUUCAUUUGAUAAUUAGGACAGUGGUCUGCUCUGUGAUGUCAUCUUAAUUGGAACCAGUUAAGAGAUUCUUCUGAAUUCACCUGUUAGCACAGACCGGUACACGUUUGCAGGUAUCUUUUACAUGAAAAAAUACUUGAAAUUAGUAGGAUUAAAUAAGCGUGCUGAACUUUUGUGGAUGACAUUUGUGGGAGUUUUCGGUGCUUAUGCUACCCUCAGCCUUAGGCCCAAUAUCUGAACGCUUAACGAGUUUGGUACAAAAACCCAUCUGUUCUGCUAGGGUAGGUUUGCACUGUGAAGUCCGACACUCUCCUUUUUCAAGUAAUUUCCUCAAAAAGACACUUUUAAUGACGAAAUGUAUGAUUAGAGAGAGAAAAGGACCGACGGAACCACAGACUCUAGUUAACUGUAGAAUCAAAAUAUUAUAUCUGUAGGGAAAGGAGAGAAAGCUGCAUGUUGUGCAGAAGAUGUGUGAGAGAGGGCGGCGUCGCUCCCUCUCUUCAGAGGGGAUGUCUUAAAGGGCCACAGGCACACACUGACCACCUUAGCAUUGCUAGGUGACCAGGGUAAAUGGUGUCUCCGGUCCUGUUCUGCUUCCACUUAGACCAUGCACUCCAGCAGAAGAACAUACUAUUUGUAUGUGUCUGGUUGGGUUCUGGUCCAUCCCUCCUGUUUUUUGUCUUUCGUUCCCUGCUCUGCUCUAGCCUGGCACUUAACUGCUCUUGAUUCCUCAGUGGCUGUGCUGAGAUCAGCAGAAUUCCUCAGUUUUUUUUUUUUUGUUUUUUUUUUUAAAACAUUUUUAUGUUACAGUGUUUCUUAAAUAUAAAGCAGGCCUUUCCUGUUAAAUGAUCAUCUAGCGAAGGAGCUGAUUUAAGUACUGUAUGGAGAUCUUUGUUCGACAUGAAAGCGUUGCAUGGAUUGAGAAAAACUGUUACUGUUUUGCCGUUGUGUGGUCCUGAACUUGAAAAACAUAAAUGCUUCCGUUCCAAUGUGGUUAAAAGGCUACACAAUGAGAAAGGAGAAUAUUUCCCCUUUUCGCUGCGUCUUCAUGUCUGGUAUCGUCACUGUUGGAAUACUUUCUUCCAAAUGAGACUUCAGUUCACGUCUUUCACUUUGGACACAUAGACCGUGGGGCGAUUUCCAUUUCGACAAAGUGAAAAUGGGGAAUAUUAACGUCAAAUGUUUGAGAUUCCGCGGCGCGGGAUUUGAUUUUCAAAAAACCGUGCCGUUCCUGACGUUCCGCCCGGGAUGGCAGGCGUCAAUCGUGACGGAUGGCAAUUCACAGACUUUUCAGUUCUCGGAUUAUGUUUUUUGCUGUCACUGCUCAAAAGGCACGCAAACAAAAAAAGGAUAAACACCAGAUGAAUGAAAGAGAUGUUUCAUUUCGCACUUUUUAAUUCUGUAUUGUCGUCUGCGAAAAAAAAUCCCAAGAAAGAAAUUCCUAUCACACAGAGCAGAAUCCUUCUGUUUUCUCACUCAUUGUAGACACUGGAGUUCUCUAUUAUAGUAAAUGAAAAUAAUAAUGACAACAACGAUAAUAAUAAUGGCUGUCUGUUCUUGUUGUUUUAUAAAAGUGUUGUGAAAAUUGUAAGAGAGUUAAAGUAUUUAAAAAAAGUUGUUCUUGUUUUUUAUUUUUUUGGUUUUGUUAUAAUAUUAUUGUGUACCUAUUGUAAAUAUGAAGCACACCUAUUUUGCAAGCCAAGGAUUCACUUUGUACUGUUGUUAUAUAUAAAUAAACUUUACUGGUUAA